UGCUCCCGCCCCCGCUUCACCGUCCGGUCGAACGAAGAAACGGCGAGAAUGGCAUUUGUGCGUGAAAUUGUAUCAGUUUUUAUGUGAACAACUGCAUAUUUCUCACAGGAGCAGCUUCACCUUCCGACCUUUAGAUCCCUGGUGUAAUUAUUCCUUCGGAGUGUUGUAUUAUGUGCAGUUUUAGAGAGUUUUGUGUCAAAGAAUUUUAGUGGGACUGGUUCGGGGUGGUAUCCCGUGGAUUUUGUUUCAUUGUGCUUAACAAUAAUGGUCAGACUUCCCGCUAACAUCGUUGGAAUUUAAAACAUUCGUGCCCAACCGGCAUGGAUGAGGGUUUACUCAACGACCUUCUCGAGUGCUCCGUUUGUUUGGAGCGACUCGACACUUCUUCCCGUGUCCUGCCAUGCCAGCAUACCUUCUGUCUCAAGUGUUUGAAGGUGAUUAUAGAAUCGCACAAAGAAUUACGAUGUCCAGAAUGCAGGGUGUUAGUGGAAGCGAAGGUGGAAGAGUUGCCUCCGAACGUACUCCUCAUGAGGAUCCUCGAAGGUAUGAAGAACUCGGCUCCGAGGAAGUCGGCGACUGGACAAAGGACAUCAAGGAGCGGACAUUCCCAGGCGUUACAAGGUGUUCAGGGCGGCGGUAAGCAGCUACCGCCUCACGCAAGGGCUAUGUACGACUAUAUAUCCAAGGAGCCAGGGGACCUCUCGUUCAAGAAAGGUGAAACAAUACUCAUUCAAAAGAAAUUGGACACGUUCUGGUAUCAAGGAGAAUGUUCUGGAAGGACUGGCAUGUUCCCACUGGCAUAUGUGCAGGUUGUGGUACCUCUACCGGUGGCUACUGCACUAUGCAAAGCAUUAUACGACUUCCGAAUGUCUGCACCUGACGAGGAAGGCUGUCUGGCUUUCGAUAAAGGGGCGAUAAUAACCGUGCACCGUCGUGUGGACGACAACUGGGCGGAAGGCAGACUCGACCAACGUGUUGGUAUCUUUCCCAUCGCGUUCGUGGAACUCAACCAGGCAGCCAGGCAGCUUAUGAACAGUGUGCCUCUAAACCGUCCCGUGCCGCCCAUACCGGAACAGGCGCGACCCUCGCACUCUGAACACAGGCACCAUGUACAACAGCAAGUCCCGGGGCGCUACCCGGCGAUGUCCCUGUCGGCGCCGGGCGCGGGGCACGCCGCCUACCAGAACGUGGGCGCCAUGUCGCAGUCCCAGCCCAGCUACCACGCGCAGGGCCUCCUGCCGCAGCCACUCGCCCCGCACGCCAGGAACAUCGUGGAACCCGCGCACACCAAGCACUCGCUCGAUCUCAUACAGUUCACCAACGUACACAACAAGUCCCACCAAGGAACCAUGGGCAUACAGAGUGUCUCUCGAAUCGGAGAAAACUACGACAGACUACGAACGGUCAAAUACGACAGCUAUAACUCGACGCCCGUACACAAAGUGGACAAUACCUACCAGAACGUAAGGACACACGAACAUUUUCCCGUCUCCGUAGCCAAUUUCAACACUAGCAAUGUUAGUUCCGAUUCGAGUUCGAGUAUGAACACGCCAUCUUUCGGAGUAAGUUCAACGACCACUCCGAACACGAGCUCCGACACGAGCACUUGCGAGAGCGCUGAGCCGAGCCUUCCUAGUUCCCCCGACAAUAACACCGAGCGAAAUGCGACCGUCAUUGCUGGCAAUACGGCUCAAAUUCAAAACCAAAAUCAGAACAUACCAGAGGAGGAAACUAACAACGACGAGUCUCUUAAUACUUCUAUGGGAGUGUUGAGUUUGAAUGAAAGUUCAACAGCUACAAACACGUCUUUGAAUGUCAGCUUGCCACCGUCAGAGAGUCCAAAAUUGAAUGCGUCUGGUACGAGUAAUGCCUCUCAAACACAAGAAGAUAAUCAGGAAAGUGCACUCAAUAAUGAUUCUUCAAGACUUGACGUGCCUUCGUCUAGUAAAAACCCGUUGAGAAAUAAUGUAGAAGCUUUUUUGAAUUUUGGAUUAGGACUACAAGCGGCUCUGUCGCCCUCUCACGGGAAAGAUGGGAAUUAUAUGGUAACCAGACCGCAUAGAGAUCAUCACCAUAAAGAAAGGGAGAAGAGGCACAGUUUGACGCCGUCUACACAUUUACAGGGAAAUCAUAAUACUCAAAACAGGCACUCUGCAGAGAUCCUAGCGACCAGUUUGCUGGACGCGGGCCCCGAGGCGCGCAGCGAGCGACGCCGGCGCCGGUCGCGCAGCAACGAGCGCCCGCUGCCCGCCGCCUACGUCGCCAUCUACCCCUACAAACCACAGAAACCCGACGAACUCGAGCUUAAGAAAGGAGGUAUCUACACGGUGACGGAGCGGUGCCGCGACGGUUGGUACAAAGGUUGCUCAGAACGAUCGCAGCGCUGCGGCGUCUUCCCGGGGAACUACGUCGCGCCCGCCUCCAAUCUGCGUACUAAACACGACAAGUCGCAGAGCGCCCCGCCGCCCAGCACGGUGGGCCCCACGAGUACAGGCCCUCCGAGUGCAGGCCCCCCUAGUACGGGCCCCCCGAGUGCAGGCCCCCAGGCCCCCAGUGGCUCGGCCCCCGACGCACCGCCCCGCGCCAGAGACCCCGCGCUGCUCAUGGCUCAACCAUUGACGUACCCAUGGUGUUCUCCUGCCCAAUCACAGCAAAGCACGCCAAGAUCUGAAAAGCCGAAAGAAAAAUCGAAAGCAGAGAAAUCUUCAAUAUCAACGGGCGUAAGUUUGAUGAAGCGUUUGGCUGCUAUGAAGAAAUGCAAGUCGCCGCCUCCCACUGGGUACAGUAUGGAUAAUCCAGUGUUCGAAGAUGGACCCGGCACGUCAUUGAUGCUAAACACCAACUCACAACAUCACCCUGUACAUGUGAGGUCGGGCUCAUGCCCCUCGCAACUGCUGCGAGCGCUGCCGCCGGCCACACGUACACACAAGGAGCGGCCCACACCGGCGCCCCUGCACGAACAUCACCACCAUCUGCACAGGUUGUAUGCCAACACACACACAUCCCUCACACACGCACACACAAGGAGCGGCCCACACCGGCGCCCCUGCACGAACAUCACCACCAUCUGCACAGGUUGUAUGCCAACACACACACAUCCCUCACACACGCACACACAAGGAGCGGCCCACACCGGCGCCCCUGCACGAACAUCACCACCAUCUGCACAGGUUGUAUGCCAACACACACACAUCCCUCACACACGCACACACAAGGAGCGGCCCACACCGGCGCCCCUGCACGAACAUCACCACCAUCUGCACAGGUUGUAUGCCAACACACACACAUCCCUCACACACGCACACACAAGGAGCGGCCCACACCGGCGCCCCUGCACGAACAUCACCACCAUCUGCACAGGUUGUAUGCCAACACACACACAUCCCUCACACACGCACACACAAGGAGCGGCCCACACCGGCGCCCCUGCACGAACAUCACCACCAUCUGCACAGGUUGUAUGCCAACACACACACAUCCCUCACACACGCACACACAAGGAGCGGCCCACACCGGCGCCCCUGCACGAACAUCACCACCAUCUGCACAGGUUGUAUGCCAACACACACACAUCCCUCACACACGCACACACAAGGAGCGGCCCACACCGGCGCCCCUGCACGAACAUCACCACCAUCUGCACAGGUUGUAUGCCAACACACACACAUCCCUCACACACGCACACACAAGGAGCGGCCCACACCGGCGCCCCUGCACGAACAUCACCACCAUCUGCACAGGUUGUAUGCCAACACACACACAUCCCUCACACACGCACACACAAGGAGCGGCCCACACCGGCGCCCCUGCACGAACAUCACCACCAUCUGCACAGGUUGUAUGCCAACACACACACAUCCCUCACACACGCACACACAAGGAGCGGCCCACACCGGCGCCCCUGCACGAACAUCACCACCAUCUGCACAGGUUGUAUGCCAACACACACACAUCCCUCACACACGCACACACAAGGAGCGGCCCACACCGGCGCCCCUGCACGAACAUCACCACCAUCUGCACAGGUUGUAUGCCAACACACACACAUCCCUCACACACGCACACACAAGGAGCGGCCCACACCGGCGCCCCUGCACGAACAUCACCACCAUCUGCACAGGUUGUAUGCCAACACACACACAUCCCUCACACACGCACACACAAGGAGCGGCCCACACCGGCGCCCCUGCACGAACAUCACCACCAUCUGCACAGGUUGUAUGCCAACACACACACAUCCCUCACACACGCACACACAAGGAGCGGCCCACACCGGCGCCCCUGCACGAACAUCACCACCAUCUGCACAGGUUGUAUGCCAACACACACACAUCCCUCACACACGCACACACAAGGAGCGGCCCACACCGGCGCCCCUGCACGAACAUCACCACCAUCUGCACAGGUUGUAUGCCAACACACACACAUCCCUCACACACGCACACACAAGGAGCGGCCCACACCGGCGCCCCUGCACGAACAUCACCACCAUCUGCACAGGUUGUAUGCCAACACACACACAUCCCUCACACACGCACACACAAGGAGCGGCCCACACCGGCGCCCCUGCACGAACAUCACCACCAUCUGCACAGGUUGUAUGCCAACACACACACAUCCCUCACACACGCACACACAAGGAGCGGCCCACACCGGCGCCCCUGCACGAACAUCACCACCAUCUGCACAGGUUGUAUGCCAACACACACACAUCCCUCACACACGCACACACAAGGAGCGGCCCACACCGGCGCCCCUGCACGAACAUCACCACCAUCUGCACAGGUUGUAUGCCAACACACACACAUCCCUCACACACGCACACACAAGGAGCGGCCCACACCGGCGCCCCUGCACGAACAUCACCACCAUCUGCACAGGUUGUAUGCCAACACACACACAUCCCUCACACACGCACACACAAGGAGCGGCCCACACCGGCGCCCCUGCACGAACAUCACCACCAUCUGCACAGGUUGUAUGCAAACACACACACACACAUCCCUCACACCUCACACACGCACACACAAGGAGCGGCCCACACCGGCGCCCCUGCACGAACAUCACCACCAUCUGCACAGGUUGUAUCUACACACACAACACAUACAACACACGCUUAUGUUAAAUGUGAGUGUCGAAGGUCCCUUCUGUGUCUAUCAUAAAAACAUGUUGUAUUUAUGAGCAUGGGCUGAUUCCUGUUUUGCUUUCAUACUCUUUUUAUGAUUAUUAUUAUUAAUUUAAUGUUUGUGGUGUUGCAAUCUACUAACGCGUCCUUUGUUCUUUAGGUAAUAGAGUUUCUUACUGUUGGUUUUCUUAUACAUGAUAAAGAUAAUUUGUAGGAAUCGAUUCAGUUUAUUUGUCAUUAGACAAGCAACCGUAAUUAGUAAUAGACAUAAGUACUUUACUCACAAUACGGUAUUU